UCACUCUGCUCUCACGGUAAUUUGGAAUUGCGAGAAAAGAAAUGAAAGAAUCGGAAAAAAGGAAACCCAAGUACACCGCACUUACACCCUGAAGAAGUUCCCAUGCGCCCGCGCGCUGAUAACGAACGUCUGAGAAUCUGAAUCCCGAGUCCGAUUGCGUUCCGAGUCUGAAUCCGAAAAACUGAGUAGCUCGGGAGGUAAUGGGAAUAAAUAUAUAGCGGGCGUCGUCGUCGUAGCUCAGAACAAAUAACACAGCUCUCGUAGCGUGAACGUCGUAGUCGAGUUUCCGCCUUGAAGUCUAAAAAAAUCAUAAAAUAACAAACGGCUUUCAAUUGACUCAAUCACUCUUUCGUCUAAGUCUAAUGUACGUCGGUUGAGAACCGUGUUCUAAAUAAAAACGAUUGGAAAACUCAAUAAGUCAACGAUGGAGAACAAGCGGGCUAAUGGCGAUACCGGUGCCUGCAAUGGACAUUACAAGGAGAAGGAUGUUCGCGUUUGGUGCGACGGAUGCUAUGAUAUGGUGCACUUCGGGCACGCCAACUCUCUGCGACAAGCCAAAGCUCUUGGCGAUAAGGUAAUUGUGGGGAUCCACACCGAUGAGGAGAUCACCAAGCACAAGGGACCACCAGUCUUCACCGAAGAGGAGCGUGUUAAAAUGGUCAAGGGCAUCAAAUGGGUGGAUGAGGUGGUACUCGGUGCUCCGUAUGUCACCACUCUGGAGGUGCUAGACCAGAACAACUGUGAUUUCUGCGUGCAUGGCGAUGACAUUACAAUGACUGCCGAAGGAGUUGACACAUAUCAUUUAGUCAAGUCAGCCAAUCGUUAUAAGGAAGUGAGACGCACUGCUGGAGUUUCGACCACCGACCUUGUGGGUCGCAUGUUGCUCCUGACACGCAACCACUUCCGUCAAGGAUCCGCCGAAUACGAUAUCGAGAAAGAAGUGACAAUUUUAAAACGACAAAUAAAAUCCCAUCCAGGUUCUUCGAACAUGGGUCAAGAUUCGGCAGCCAAAAGUCCAUGGACCGGCUGCAGUCAGUUCUUGCCGACCACCCAAAAGAUUAUACAGUUCAGCGAUGGAAAAUCACCAAAUCCUGGUGAUAAGAUUGUUUAUGUGGCUGGUGCCUUUGAUCUCUUCCAUGUGGGUCACCUGGACUUCCUGGAGAAGGCAAGCAAAUUGGGCGACUACCUCAUUGUCGGCCUGCACACAGAUCCCGUUGUCAACUCUUACAAGGGCAGCAACUACCCAAUUAUGAAUCUGCACGAGCGCGUUCUCAGCGUUUUGGCCUGCAAGUUUGUCAAUGAGGUUGUGAUUGGGGCUCCCUACUGCGUCACUGAAGAGCUGUUGGAUCACUUCAAAAUCGAUGUAGUCUGCCACGGACGCACGCCCAUUGCACUGGAGAAUGGCAAGAGCGAUCCGUACGCCGUACCAAAGACGCGAGCCAUUUUCGAGCUGAUUGAUUCCGGGAAUGAUAUGACCACCGAAAGGAUCGUCGAGCGGAUUAUUUCGCACCGACUGGAAUAUGAGCGUCGCAACCAGGCCAAAGAAAAGAAGGAAAUUGAGGCCUUCGAGGCCCUUCAACGCCAAAAGCAGACCCAAAAGGCCGGAUAGCCGGAACCUGAUUCCGACCUUUCACACUAGACGGAUGUUUUAUAUAUUUUAGUUGCGUUUUUUAGUUUGUCGUCUCGUUUGUUAUGACGUUUUUGUUAUGUUGCGUUAAGAGCGAUGCGACGCUGCCAGAAAUGCCGUAAAGUUAAAAAGGGCUUGGACACGGCGUUCCGCUCGCUUGAUAUCUAGUACAAUUUUUUAAUAGCUGCGGGUUGCACAGGCGGCUCUUAGCAAGCCUUAAUGAUGUAAAGUUAUAUACAUAUAUAUAUUUGUAAUACCUUAAUGUUUCCUAUUUAACAUCUAAAUUUUAUGUAUGUAAGCUCAAAAUUUGUAAAUUCUACUGUGUAUGUUGUAAGUGUUGCGAAAGAAAUCAAGUCAAAAUUGAAUUGAGAACUACAAAAUUUUACGAAAUAUAUGUAAGGCGAAUAACAAAGAUAAUCUGUGACUUGUUAUCCAAAUGGUUGGCAUACAAGAAAGCCGUAUACUAAUUGUAUAUAUUUACAGCAAUGUAACGCAAGUAGAAUGUCUUGGCCAGGAAAUGGCUGCUUUUAUCAAAAGAAAUCUCCGAUACUUUCUCCUUAUUUAUUAAUGCAUAAACUAAGUGCAAGUUCAAGUUUUAUGUUUCAAUGUUUAAUCUUAGACUUAAAUACAUGGCCAAAAAUACUGCUCCAA